UACGCGACACGAGACGAAAGACAGAGGGAGGUUACCGCCAGGUCAGUUGUCACAAGGUGCGCGCAACAGCUAACGUACUCUCCUCUUGGGUAUCAAAUAUAGUUUAGAGAUCCAGUCAGAUUUGUCGUUAAAAAUGACGCUGUUUAUGAACGCUUGCGCUUUUUUAGUCAAAGUCCUCACUAUCCCGCUUAACAUCGCAGAGGUGAUUGGACUUUUCUCUCUCUAUAAACGCGUCUUUCCUCUAAUCGUCUAUAAAUUCUCAAUCUGCUACAAUGACAAAAUGAAAGACAAAAAAAGGGAACUAUUUCGAAACCUGGACAAGUUCUACCCCACGAAAGGCUCUCUGCGUAUCUUGGAGGUGGGCUGCGGAUCCGGGGCGAACUUCGAGCACUACCCGACGGGCGCCAGGAUCACAUGCACCGACCCCAACCCGCAUUUCCAAAAGUACCUUAAGAAUAGUAUGAGCAAGAACGACCACCUCUUUUAUGACAGCUUCAUAGUGGCGUCGGGGGAGAAUCUAAAGGCGGUGGAGGACAACUCCGUGGAUGUUGUGGUGUGCACGCUGGUUCUGUGCUCAGUCCAGGAUUCACCGAAGGUUCUGCAAGAAGCAAAGAGAGUUCUGAGGCCUGGAGGAGCACUUUUCUUUCUUGAACAUGUGGUGUCUGACCCCUCAAGCUGGACUUACUUUUUUCAGCAUGUUAUUCAACCCUUCUGGUACUAUCUCGAAGAUGGCUGUGAAACGACCCGUGCUACUUGGAAGCACCUCGAGGCAGCUGGCUUCUCUGACCUGCAGCUACAUCACAUCCAAGCCCCGCUGAUUUUUAUGAUCAAGCCACAUAUUGUUGGUUAUGCAGUCAAAUAAUGAAAAUUAUUUGUGACCCCAAAAAAACAACAUUCAUUCAAAAUUCAUUAGUUCCACCCCCAGCUGUUCGUAUGCAAGAGGAGUUUGUAUUAAACCAUUAAAAAUAAAGUUUUUGUUUAAUAUGCAGACACUAAA